AUGGCGGAGUUUCAUCUUGUUGGUGGCGUGAAGAAACUAAAUAACACAAACUACAACACCUGGUCUACCUGUAUGAGUUCGUAUCUGCAAGGCCAGGAUUUAUGGGAAGUUGUACAAGGUACAGACACCGUUCAACCGAGGAACGAUAUUAAUGGUGCAAUCAACAAGUGGAAGAUAAAAACUGGGAAAGCCAUGUUCGUUUUGAAGACUACGAUUGAGGAGGAAUUGUUGGAUCAUAUUCGGGAUUUGGCGACCCCGAAGGAAGCCUGGGAUGUUCUCGCAGCCUUGUUCUCUAAGAAAAACGACGCGAAGCUUCAACUGUUGGAAAACGAGUUACUAGCAAUCGCACAAAAGAAUCUUACUGUAUCACAAUACUUUCACAAAGUUAAAACUUUAUGUAGGGAGAUUGGGGAAUUAGAUCCCCAAGCACGUAUUGGUGAAGCGAGAAUGAAGCGUAUCCUGAUCUUUGGGUUGAAACCAGAAUAUAGAACGUUUGUUGCAGCCAUUCAAGGGUGGCCUACACAACCCUCUCUGGUGGAAUUCGAGAAUUUACUUGCAGCACAAGAAGCCUUAGGGGCUGUUUGGUAG